AUGCCCAUGGACCCGUCGAAGCAGCAUGUUGAUGAGAAGAGGACCACGAGGCCAUCGACGCUUGAGCUGAGGGACAACUCCGACGACCUGCGGCGUCACCUGGGUAAUCGUCAAAUCCAGCUGAUCGCAAUUGGAGGCUCUAUCGGUACAGCCUUGUUCAUCUCUGUCGGCGGCGCUCUCAACAAAGCUGGUCCCAUAGGAAUGCUUUUGGCAUAUACCAUCUACAGCUGCCUGAUUGCUCUUGUGACAAAUUCCAUCGCCGAAAUGACCACGCACAUGCCGGUGACUGGGGGAUUCAUCCGACUGGCGGGAAAGUGGGUUGACGACGCCUUUGGUUUCAUGGCGGGGUGGAACUUUUUCUUCUACGAAGCUCUGCUCAUCCCAUUCGAGAUCACGGCUAUCAACCUCGUCCUGACCUUUUGGAGAGACGACAUCCCUGUGGCUGCAGUGUGUGCGGGGUGUAUUGUACUCUAUGCUCUACUCAAUGUUGUCGCUGUGCAGGUGUUCGGUGAAGCAGAAUUCUGGCUAUCUGGCGGCAAGGUGAUUCUGAUCUUCAUGCUGUUCAUGUUCACAUUUGUCACCAUGUGCGGUGGCAAUCCCAAGCACGACGCUUACGGUUUUCGUCAUUGGAAAAAUCCCGGCCCAUUUGCGGAGUACAUCUCAACCGGAGAUCUUGGAAGGUUUGAAGGCUUCCUUGGAGCGCUGUGGGCCGCCUCUUUCUGCAUCGUUGGCCCCGAAUACAUUUCCAUGGUCGCCGGAGAAGCAAAGCGGCCUCGGAUCUACAUCAAGAACGCUUUCAAGACCGUCUACUGGCGAUUCGGAAUUUUCUUCAUCUUGGGCUCAUUAUGCGUAGGGAUUGUCAUCCCUUAUAACGAUCCAACCCUUGUUGCCAUUCUCAGCGGGGAUAAAGAAGGCGCUGGCACGGGUGGUGCAUCUCCCUACGUUAUCGCCAUGCAGAACCUGGCGAUACCAGUCCUGCCCCAUAUCACGAACGCCUUGCUCGUUACUUGUAUCUUCUCGGCCGGUAAUGCGUACACAUAUUGCGCAACUCGAACUCUCUACGCGUUGUCCCUCGAAGGCCGGGCUCCAAAGUUCUUCCGAAAAUGCACCCGCAACGGAGUUCCCAUAUACUGCUUCUGCCUAGUCAUGCUGUUUCCAUUCCUGUCGUUCCUGCAGGUCUCAAAUAGCUCUGCCAAAGUGCUAACUUGGUUGCUCAAUCUCAUCACAGCUGGAGGUCUGAUCGACUUUAUCGUCAUAUGCGUCACCUAUCUUGCAUUCUACAAUGCCUGCAAGGUCCAGGGUCUUGAUCGCAAGACACUACCAUACUGUGGCUGGUUUCAGCCAUACUCAGCCUGGAUUGGGUUGAUCGGUCUGGUGUGUGUCGUCUUUUGCUACGGCUACUCGGUCUUCCUGCCCGGGUACUGGAGCAUUGAAGAUUUCUUCAGCUACUACACUAUGGUCGGAGUUGCUCCCGUACUGUACCUGGGUUGGAAACUCAUUCACCGAACGAAGAUUGUAUCCGCCAAGGAGUUGGAUCUCGUCUGGGAUGCUCCUGUCAUCGACGCGUACGAAGCCAGGUUUAUCUCGCCGCCAGUGGGCUUCUGGACGGAGAUGCUUCAGCUCGUGGGCUUGAGGCGUAACGUUCCAGUCGACGUGCAGGCCGACCCGUAG